GCCUAUCCUUUGGAGAAAGAAAAUAAAAGUGCAAUUACAAAAAGUCAAUUGAGAGAAUUGGUGAGAAUACCAACACGUGAGACAUCCACUUCAGAAAUGGACUCUCCUUACGGUCCUGACUCUUCUGGUGGUCCAGAUCCUCUUGAGGGUCUGGACACCCAUGAUGGUCUGGACACUUGUGAUGGUCCAGAUACGACCACUGUUUCAGAUAAUGCUGAUAGUCCGGACAGCCCUGAUGGUACAGACACUUCUGAUGGUCCACAUAAUCCUGAUGGUCCAGACAUUCCUGAUGGUCCAGACACUCCUGAUGGUGCGGAUAUUCCUGUUGGUUCAGAUAAUCCUCAUGAUCCGGACACUCCCGAUGGUCCAGACACUCCUUACAGUCUGGGCACUUCUGAUGAUCCUGAUCCCUCUGAUGUUCCUGAUACUUCUGAGGGGCCCAGUACUCCUGUUGGUCCCAUAACUUCUGAUGGUUGCAGUACUUCUGAGAGUCCCCGUGUUUCUCAUGGUCCCAAUGCUCAGGAUGGUCCUGAAUCUCCUGCUCCUCUUGCUGCCCUUCUGGAUCGUGCUAUUUCUGAGGAAGCUGAGGUUCCUGCCCCUCUUUCUGUUCCUGCUGAUGGUCCCCCAUCUCCUAAUGCUGCUGACUAUGAUGAUGAAGAACAUGCUCUACAAGUUGCUAAAGUCGUUCCCGCUAAGGAGAAAAAUGAUAAAAAUGAAAGUGCCUGUCCUUUGGAGAAAGUAAACAAACGUGAAAUUACAAAAAGUCCAUUGAACGAAUUGGUGAGAACAUCAACACCUAAGACAUCUACUGCAGAAAUGGACACAUUGAUGGAAGUGAACGUUCAUCGCUUGUCAGAGUCAACUGUCAGAUUGGAACGUAAUGAUCAAGCAUUUUCAUACAAAUGCCUCAGAAAUGAAAGAGCCUAUCCUUUGGAGAAAGGAAAUAAAAGUGCAAUUACAAAACGUCAAUUGAGAGAAUUGGUGAGAAUACCAACACGUGAGACAUCCACUUCAGAAAUGGACUCUCCUUACGGUCCUGACUCUUCUGGUGGUCCAGAUCCUCUUGAUGGUCUGGACACGCAUGAUGGUCUGGACACUUGUGAUGGUCCAGAUACGACCACUGUUUCAGAUAAUCUUGAUGGUCCUGACAGCCCUGAUGGUACAGACACUUCUGAUGGUCCACAUAAUCCUGAUGGUCCAGACAUUCCUGAUGGACCAGACACUACUGAUGGUGCGGAUAUUCCUGUUGGUUCAGAUAAUCCUCAUGAUCCGGACACUCCAGAUGGUCCAGACACUCCUUACAGUCUGGGCACUUCUGAUGAUCCUGAUCCCUCUGAUGUUCCUGAUACUUCUGAGGGGCCCAGUACUCCUGUUGGUCCCAUAACUUCUGAUGGUUGCAGUACUUCUGAGAGUCCCCGAGUUUCUCAUGGUCCCAAUGCUCAGGAUGGUCCUGAAUCUCCUGCUCCUCUUGCUGCCCUUCUGGAUCCUGCUAUUUCUGCGGAAGCUGAUGUUCCUGCCCCUCUUUCUGUUCCUGCCGAUGGCCCCGCAUCUCCUAAUGCUGCUGACUAUGAUGAUGAAGAACAUGCUCUACAAGUUGCUAAAGUCGUUCACACUAAGGAGAAAAAUGAUAAAAAUGAAAGUGCCUGUCCUUUGGAGAAAGUAAACAAACGUGAAAUUACAAAAAGUCCAUUGAAAAAAUUGGUGAGGCCAUCAACACCUAAGACAUCUACUGCAGAAAUGGACAAAUUGAUGGAAGUGAACGGUCAUCCCUUGUCAGAGUCCACUAUCAGAUUGGAACGUAAUGAUCAUGCAUUUCCUUACAAAUAUCUAAGAAAGAAAAGAGCCUAUCCAUUGGGAAAAGGAAAUAAAAGUGCAAUUACAAAAAGUCAAUUGAGAGAAUUGGUGAGCAUACCAACACCUGAGACAUCCACUGCAGGAAUGGACUCAAUGAUGGAAAUCAACAGUCUUUCCGCAUCAGAUUCCACCGUCGGAAUGGAAAACAAGUAUAAAGUAGUUCCAUACAAAAGGCUAAAGGAAGUCAAUAAUAGUGAAAAUGAUAUAACUGUAAUAGGAAAUGAAGAAAUGGAAAAACAUAAAGGUUUCUUGCACUUAAAUUGGAAACUAGGAACAGCACAUAAGAAACACAUUAAAAGGAGUGAGCCCCCCUGCCCUCUGGCAGAAGAAAAGAAAAGUGAAAACAGUAAGUUCACUACAAGGGAAUCCGUGUCUGCAUCAACCAGUGAAAGGUCUCCUGUUGAAACGGACACUGCGCAGCAAGCGCAAGUUGACGGCAGUCACGUGCCUGGUGACCUACACCACACCGGGAGAAGGGCUGCCGAGAAUACAUCUACCGAACUCCACAAGGUGGGCGAGAGAGUUGAUAGAAGGAGCAGACGAUUUCACUCAUUCAGCAUAAACAACUUCAGACGCCUUAUCUUCUUCAGGUCCUUCGAGGUCCUCUGAAGUCUUUGGUGUUCAAUUGAGAACUCAAGUCGUAAUCCUCCUCCACGUUUAAGAAGAACAAAAUACAUCUUUGCAUUUUGCAGAAACACUUACUAAGAUUAAACAUAGUGAUCUUUUAUGAUUACUUUAAUUACA